UUCAGAAGCGAAUUAUUGAGGUUAAAUUUGGCAGGACUGACUCCGUGUUGGAAGCUUUCUUGUGGAUAUCUCUCAUCCGGUGCUAUGAGCGGACAGGUUUAUCUGAUGCUUGGUCCAAUCUUCUUAACCCUCCUGGUGACAACAGUCCCGGUCGUUCAGAGUGGAAACGUUCUUGUCUUUCCUGUGGAUGGCAGUCACUGGGUCAACAUGAACAUCUUGGUGAAGGCUCUUCACACCAAAGGUCACAAUAUCACAGUCAUCCGGAUGUCAGACAGCUGGUACAUCAAAGAAUUCUCACCUCAUUACACAUCCAUCACUCUGGAGUCUGCAGGAGGGUUCGAUGAAGAAUUCUUCAAGGUGUUUGCAACCAAACUGCUGAACAUUUUGAGGGAUGGUUCUAUUUGGGCUCGACUGAAUCUGGAGAUCAAGAUGUGGCAAAGUUUUUCAGAGAUGAUUGAAGCAGAACAUGAUCUUAUAACCAACAUGUUUGAAAACCAGCAGCUUAUGCAGUCCCUAAAAGAAACCAAAUAUGAUUUGAUGCUCACAGAUCCAGCCAUGUAUGGCGGUACUAUAUUGGCUCAUUAUCUUAAACUGCCUAUGGUUUACAAUGUUCGCUGGACGAUAUACAGCGAGGGUCAUUUUGCAAUAGCUCCUUCACCGCUAUCUUAUGUUCCUUCACCAAUGAUGGAGUUAUCAGACCGCAUGACCUUCUUAGAAAGAGUGAAGAAUAUUGUGAUGUACAUCAUAACUGAAACACAGGUCGCGCUCAUGUUCGCUCCAUAUUAUAAUGCACUAUGUGAACGCUACAUCGGUCCAGGAACGUCCUACUUUACUUUAAUUCAAAGCGCUGAUCUGUGGCUCCACAGGGUUGAUUUUAUUUUUGAGUUUCCACGGCCCACUAUGCCAAACAUUGUCUACAUGGGUGGCUUUCAGUGCAAGCCCCCGAAGCCUCUUCCGCAGGAUCUCGAGGACUUUGUGCAGAGCUCUGGAGAUCAUGGUGUCAUCGUCAUGUCUUUGGGAACUCUCAUUGGUCAGUUUCCUGAUGCUGUGGCUGAGGCCGUUGCUGAAGCUUUUGCAGAACUUCCACAGAAGGUCAUCUGGAGAUAUAAAGGAAGGAGACCAUCUGCACUGGGGAACAACACCUUAAUAAUGGACUGGAUACCUCAGAAUGAUCUUCUGGGUCAUCCUAAAACCAGAGCUUUUGUAGCUCAUGGUGGAACCAAUGGUAUUCAAGAAGCCAUCUAUCAUGGGGUACCAAUCAUUGGAUUUGGGCUGAUCUUUGACCAGCCCGAUAAUCUUUCAAAGAUGAGAGUCAAGGGUGUUGCCAAGACUGUAGACUUUGGCACAGUGGAUAAGAACUCUUUCCUUGAAACUGUCAAAGAGGUUCUUUAUGAUCCCAGUUAUCGGGAGAACAUGCAGAGACUCUCAAGACUUCACAGAGAUGUUCCAGUCAAGCCUCUGGACAACGCCAUCUUCUGGAUUGAGUUUGUCAUGAGGCACAAAGGUGCCGCUCAUUUACGCACAGAGUCGUACAAAAUGCCCUGGUACUCCUAUCACUCUGUUGAUGUCAUACUGUUCCUAAUGUCUGCUGUGAUGCUCAUAACCCUGACCACAUAUGCACUUAUCAGAUAUUUAUGCUGUAGAAUAUGUUUGAGAAAAACAAAAACAAGCUAGAAUGUUUUAAAAACAAAUGUUCAGUUUGUAUUCUUUGCUGUGAUGUGCUAAAAUUAGCAUAGACAUGCUAUAGAAAUUACAAAAUGUCUGUAAACACUGUAGAGCACAGAGACUGUUGACUGUACAUCAUUGCUGUCCUUCUGAAACCUUGAAUUUCCAUAUUUUUUGCCAUAAAUCAUUAUUAUUAGUCACCCUUUGAUGAUUGUCACUGGGUUUUUCAAAUAUCUAUAGCCAAUAGAAAGUAUUAAAUCAUUAUACUUUGUAGUAUUAGUAUGUAAUUGAUGGGAAAGUACCAUGUUUUUUUUCCAUUUACAAAUAAAAUCGCAUCUUAGGACAUCUGAGGUUUAAGAAGAACAGCAAUAAUAUACAAGGACGAAGGCAAACAUGAGGGUUAUAUGUAUUCUAUAUAGAUGUGGAGGUUUUAUAUAAAACCUUCACAUCUAUAUAUACGUCGUACUGUGCAUAACCCUCAUUUUUGCCUUCGUCCUUACACUGUUUAUUUUCAUCAUCGAAUUCAUGGUCUAUUUUACAGGCAAGUCAGUGGUAUCCUAAAAUUAUGAAUAAAAUCACCCUUCUAACUUGAUG